AAGCCCGCGCCGCAGUGUUCCCGGCUCGGGUGCUCUCUCUUUCACGCACUCAAAUCUCCUCGUCUCCUCCGUAAUUCAGCGAUCAAAAGUUUAACGCCACACACCCUCCGCCGUCUCUUUUUUCACGAACAACACGCACUCACUCUCAUGGCCGAAAAAAGCAUACUGGGUAACAACGACAUCGAUGAUGUCCGCUGGCUCUGUUCUUUAACGGAGUCUGAACUCGAUUUGUUGAUGGGCUUGAAGAAUUUGGUGAACAUGCGUGCCAAGAAGAUCGGCCACGAAGCCUUGGCGAAGAACUUCGACCUGCGAAUGCUGCGAGCCCUCAGUAUGUUCUUCUAUAGAACAUAUCAGAAUUGUGUCACCUUUAUGAAACAUUUGAAAGAGCAGCUUAAAGAUGUACCAGCAACUUCAGGCUUCGACUGUAACUUAUUGAAACAAAAUCUCUCCAGUAGUUUAGGUAGGAUGACCAUUGAUGAAUUAUAUCCAUAUAUCUGUUCUGAUCAGAGGAAGAGAAUAGCAGACAAGUUUCUACAGGAAAUGCCUCCCUCCCAAAGGCAGAAAACCAGCAACUGAGGAUUCAAUCAAGACUUGUAUCAACUUACUCACACUCAACUAACCCUUACCAGCACCGUCAAAGAGCCUAUAGCUGUUGCGUCCUCUAAUUUGUAUAUUCAACCACGGUCAUGAGUUGUAGCUCUUUGCCUUGAAAGGCCUCCAUCUGAUUGUGUCGAUAGUAGUUCUUGUCACUUAUUGGCAUUACCAGAAAGAAGCAAGAUCUUUCUUGAGAUGUGUA